AUGCGCUAUGGAAGAGCAAGCGCCGUAUCAGCUUCAAUUUCCGGUCUAUCUCCGGCGAAAAAUUCACCAUUCCCACAGCUUUGCAAUGUCCUCGUCGUCGCGUCUCUGUCCAAGACCUUGUCUCAGUCCGGUACAAGGAACCUCGACGCCAAUUCAAUCCCGAUUUCGGAACCUGUCGUCCUCCAGAUCCUUCGUCGAAACUCCUUGGACCCGUCGAAGAAGCUAGAUUUCUUCCGAUGGUGUUUUUCUCUCCGGCCGGAAUACAAACAUUCCGGAUCAGCCUACUCUCAGAUAUUCCGCACUGUUUGCCGGACGGGGCUUCUCGGAGAAGUUCCCGAUCUGCUUGGUUCAAUGAAGGAAGAUGGCGUUAAUUUGGACCAGACGACGUCCAAGGUAUUGCUAGAUUCUCUAGUCUGCUCGGGUAAAUUCGAUUCAGCGUUAGGAGUUUUGGAUUACAUGGAAGGAUUAGGAGAUUGCUUAAACUCUAGCGUAUAUGAUUCUGUUCUUAUUGCUCUGGUCAAGAAAAGUGAAUUGCGUCUUGCUCUCUCCAUUUUCUCUAAGCUUUUAGAAGCUUCUGAUAGCAAUAGUGAUAAGACUGGUGAGGUUAUUGUAAGUUAUCUUCCCGGAGCGGUUGCUGUGAAUGAGCUCUUGGUAGGUCUAAGAAAAGCUGAUAUGAGAUUGGAAUUCAAAACGGUUUAUGAAAAGUUAAAGGGGAUGAAGAGAUUCAAGUUUGAUACUUGGGGUUAUAACAUUUGUAUUCAUGGAUUUGGCUGUUGGGGAGAUUUGGAUGCUGCAUUGAGUUUGUUCAAGGAGAUGAAGGAGGUCUCUGGAUCUUGUACAGGUCCUGAUAUAUGCACAUAUAACAGCUUGAUCCAUGUGUUGUGUUUAGCUGGAAAAGCGAAAGAUGCGUUGAUUGUAUGGGACGAACUGAAAGUAUCUGGCCAUGAGCCUGAUAACUCGACGUAUCGUAUACUGAUUCAAGGAUGUUGUAAAUCUUAUCGGAUGGAUGAUGCGAUGAGGAUUUUCGGUGAGAUGCAGUAUAAUGGAUUUGUUCCUGAUACUGUUUUGUAUAACUCUCUUCUAGAUGGGACGCUAAAGGCAACAAAGGUCACUGAGGCUUGUCAGCUUUUUGAGAAGAUGGUUCAAGAAGGAGUUAGAGCUUCUUGCUGGACGUACAACAUUCUGAUUGACGGGUUGUUUAGAAACGGAAGGGGUGAGGCAGGGUUUACUCUGUUCUGUGAUUUGAAGAAGAAGGGUCAGUUUGUGGAUGCGAUUACUUUUAGCAUCGUUGUGUUGCAGCUUUGCAGGGAAGGGAAGCUAGAGGGAGCAGUGAAGUUAGUUGAGGAGAUGGAAAGUAGAGGUUUCUCUGUGGAUUUGGUUACGAUUAGUUCGCUGUUAAUCGGGUUUCACAAACAAGAGAGGUGGGAUUGGAAAGAGAAGCUGAUGAAGCAUGUAAGAGAAGGAAACUUGGUGCCUACUGUUUUGAGAUGGAACGCUGGAGUUGAAGCUUCGUUAAAACGUCCACAGAGCAAAGAUAAAGAUUACACUCCAAUGUUCCCAAGUAAAGGAAGCUUCUUAGAUAUCAUGAGCACAGUGAAUUCAGAGGAAGCUGAGGAUAUCACACCGGUGGAAGAAGAUCCUUGGUCAUCAUCUCCGUAUAUGGACCAAUUAUCCCACCAGAGGAAUCAACCUAAGCCCUUGUUUGCUUUAGCCAGAGGGCAGAGAGUUGAAGCAAAGCCAGAUUCGUUCGACGUAGACAUGAUGAACACUUUUCUAUCUAUUUACCUGUCCAGAGGCGAUCUCAGCUUAGCCUGCAAAUUGUUUGAGAUAUUCAACGAUAUGGGCGUAACCGAUCUCACGAGCUACACAUACAACUCCAUGAUGAGCUCGUUUGUCAAGAAAGGCUACUUCGAAACCGCCCGUGGAGUGCUCGACCAAAUGAGUGAGAACUUCACCGCAGCGGACAUCGCAACGUACAAUGUAAUCAUCCAAGGGUUAGGUAAAAUGGGAAGAGCAGACUUAGCGAGCGCGGUUCUCGACAGACUCACGAAGCAAGGAGGGUAUUUAGACAUUGUCAUGUACAACACGCUGAUCAACGCGCUCGGGAAAGCAAACCGGUUAGACGAAGCGACUAGAUUGUUCGAUCAUAUGAAGAGCAGUGGGAUAAACCCGGACGUUGUGAGUUACAACACGAUGAUCGAAGUGAAUAGCAAAGCUGGGAGGUUGAAAGAAGCGUACAAGUACUUGAAAGUGAUGUUGGAUGCGAAUUGUUUGCCUAAUCACGUAACCGAUACAAUCCUGGAUUAUCUUGGGAAAGAGAUGGAGAAGUUAAGAUUCCAGAAAGCUUCGUUUGUACGGAAGAAGAAAGAAACCGAAUAG